ACUACUGUCAUACAUGUUUUGAUAUUUUAUAACAAGGUUUAUUUAAUCAUUAUAAUCAAAUAAAAAAUGCAAUUAGAAGGAUUUUAACGUAAUAAACAACUAGUGAUAUAAAACUUCGUAUUGCUUUAGGUAUUAAAAAAAAUUGAAAACGAUAAAAAAAAUUAUGGUUUAUUAGAAUUUAUACAAAUAAAGAUGGACUAUUUGGUAGAAACAAUAAUAUUAGGAAUCGAUUCAAUCAUUUUCAUAACAUGCGUUCGAAAUUACUACAAAAACAAAAAUGCUAUGACUAUGAUUCAGGGUGCGCCAUAUCUGAAUAUCAAUAAAGAUCUCAAGGAAAUUGUUUUAACACAUCCUGACAAAAAGUUAUCAUACGUUUCAAUUCGGGGGACAGUUAAACCAUUAGGAAAACCAAUUAUAAGCAACAAUAAUGCAGAUGUUGAAGGUGUUGUUCAAUUAUUGAGAAUCAAAGAACAUGUAAUUCAGAGAAGCACAACAGGUUUUUGGAAUGAUUCUGAGCGUAUCAUACAGGAAGUGCAUAAUAUUAUGCCAUUUUCUAUCGAGAGUAAAGGUAUGGAAGUAGAAAUCAUGGAUCCCCUUGCUGCAGACAUUCUAGAUAUGGAUGUAAUAUCUGAUGUAUUUCAUCCUACUGUUCCAAGUGUAAUGGAUCAUAUUUGGGGAUUUUUUGCUGGAAUUAGACAAAGGGGUAUUCAAUCAACAGAAAAGAUGUUAAGGAAAGGAACAAUGAUUACUGGAAUUGGUGAAUUGGUAUAUUCUAAGGAUGGGAAUGUUUUGCAACUACAACCACCUACAAAUGGUGCUCCAUUCUAUCUUACAAAUAUGCAAGUCACAUCACUAGUCAAAAAACUAGAGAGUUCUAAACGAAAUUACAGAUGGCUAUGUUUGCUCUUUGGAUCAAUUGGAAUCUUAGUAGGAGGUUUAAUUAUUAGAAAAUAUUUGAGAUAUCGUUCUAAACAAAUUCAAGAAGCUGAAAUAAAGAGACAGUUGGAGGAAUCUAGAAAGGAAAGAAGAAAAAAGACCAGAGCAAAAGACAUGAUUGAAAGUCAAGUUUGUGUGGUGUGCCGAACAAACCCUAUUGAGAUUAUUCUUUUGCCAUGUGGUCAUGUUUGUCUGUGUGAAGAUUGUUCUGAUGAUAUCCAAGAGAGUUGCCCUGUCUGUCGUUCACCUAUUGAGAGGAAAUCUGUGGCAUAUGUGGCUUGAAUGUAAUUGAAAUUUAUUUGUCGUUGUAUAGUUUUAUUAUUUUCACACUCAAUAAAUAUAAGAUGCGAAAA